UUUAAUUUCAGAUGUCCUACGCCAUCACUUACUCGGCUACCAAAGAUACCAGCCGAUUCACAGAGUUUGAAGUCUCGUCUUGCGAUCGCAGUGAGUGUCGACGGUCCACCUUUGGCCUAUACGAACUUUACGUUUUACGAUUGUUCACGCUUUGUGUCAUGCAUUCAGUGUGUGAAGAGUGCAUUUGCAUGCGACUGGUGCAUUGAGUCGGAUCAGUGCGUUGCGGGAACGACCACAGAGAAUCGUUGUCGUGCGCAACACAUCGUCAACGGUCUGGCCAGAUCAGGACCGUCACGCAGGAAAGGUCCUUCGCAUUGCCCGCAUAUGGUGGCGGAUGAGUUGGAAUUCUAUGUAGCGAACGGUAAAACACGGCAAAUAUCAGUGCGUGCGAAGAAUGUGCUCGAUUUUAUGACUGAUUUCAAGUGUCAAUUCAAAAUUGAGCAUAGUAUUCAUGAGCGAUUGGCCAGGAAACAAGGCGAUGUGAUCGUGUGA